CCAACUGGACAUUCCCAUUUAAGGGAGGAAAUAGAUUCUUGAAUUGUGUUUAUGACAUUUCCUCAAUUUUAGGAGAUGUACAUAUUUGUGUAAAAUAUAUCUAGGAUUUUGUUCAAGUGGAUACAUUAAGUUGACAGAAUGUAUGUCUUGUACGAAAAAUUUGACAUACCUCCUCAAAGAGAGGUUGAAGAUGACCUAUAUUUUAAUUCAAAGUACCUGUUAAAACCUAGUGCUAACUUUGCUGAAAUGGAACAUAUUUAUGAGGAAAUUCUGAGUCCCUGUAAAAGACUGAAGGUGUCUGGCAAUGGUUUACCCCAGGGUGCCCCUCACUCUAUCCCCCCACUGAAAGGUUACCAAGCUCCCCCACCAUCAGUUAUGUCUACUGAUGACAAGAAAUCAAGGCCUCUCAAAGUCUUGCAGAAUGAAGGUCAAAUUAGAUUGUCAGCUUACAUGAAUUUUGGGUUAUUAACAGUUCAUGUGAUACAAGCAAGACACCUUACAUCAAAGUCAUCUCCUCUAUGCAAUGCAGUUGUAAAGAUGUCUCUGGUGCCAGAUGAUACAAGAAAAUCGAGAUGCAGAACAGAUGUUGUUAAUGGGUCUAACAAUCCCCUUUUUGAUGAGAAAUUUUCUUUUGAGCUUUUUGAGGAAGACAACAAUAAGAGACUCCUCAUCUCACUAUGGAACAAGGAGGCAAACAACAAUGAGUUUUUGGGAUGUACAUCCUUUGGAAUCCGUCACUUGAUUAACGGGAGGAAGGAUACGGAUGGCUGGUAUUAUCUUUUGACAGAGGAAGUAGGUCGUAAGAAGCACUUGAAAGUCUCCAGCAAAAACCAGCCUAAGCUUCAAGUUAGAAGUCAGAGAGAAAAUGUGCCCCCUGUCAACAAGGAUGUGUGGGGAAUGGAAUCUGUCACUGUUACAGUCCACAGAGGGGAACAUGGAUAUGGAUUCUCUGUGAUUGAGAGUUGUCCAGUCAAAGUUGGCAGAGUUGAUAGAGGUUCCCCAGCAGAUCAUGCAGGGCUGUGUCCUGGAGAUUGUAUCAUACGUGUCAAUAACCAGAAUGUCUCCCGAUCACAGUCUGCCAGUGUAGCCAAACUUGUAAAGAAUUCAGGUCCUACUUUGAUCAUUGACCUGCAGCGCCCCAAGUCGUAUGAGAUUCUGGAGACCCCCUCUUGGCAGCAGGUGCUUCCUCCUAAUUCCUCCAUAGAACAUAUGGAGCUAAGACGUGGUCAGGACGACAAUAACUCAGGAGAGCUCUCAGAUGACAGCAAGGGGACUGAUGGAUCCGUAGAUGAAGGAGUGUUCUCUCUUCCCAGUCACCUCAUCACAAGCACCCCUCUCCCCCUCUUCAUGAAUGGACACCAGACUGUGCCAACUAGAGAUAAGAGGAAACAGGAGGCCAUCCACAGAUUAAUGAGCAUAGAGAUGGAGUUUAUUGAUGUCAUGCAUGCUGGAAUGCAACGAUAUUCCAGACCACUCCGUCAUUGUAUUUUAAACCCCAGACAACAUUUUACCCUCUUCCAAAAUAUCGAAAAAUUGGUAACCAUUUCUGAGUAUCACCUUAAGCAAAUCCAUGACAACAUGCCAUCAUUUUGUUCGGACACAGAGGGAUCUUUCACAUCAAGUGAGGGAGGACAAAACUUUUCCAUUGGCAUGAUCUAUCAAUCAAAGGUACACAUGCUGUCCCAAGCAUAUGAGUUGUAUUCAAAAGGUUUAGGGGAGGCCAAUGAACUUUUAUUAGAACUAAGGAAAUCAACAGAAUUUGUAAAAUUUGUCAAGGAUCCCCCCUUAGAGCCCCAACAGCCCUCUAUCAGCACAUUUCUAACCAAACCAGUCCAUCACAUUCGAGAGAUGUACCAAGUACUUCAGGACAUCUUCAUAAACACACUCAAUGAAGAGAGUGACUUUAAGGGUCUCAAACAGGUGGUUGAAAGUUUAAAUGAGUGUGUGGGCAAUAUAUCAAACUACAGCUGUGUGGACCGUGUUCCAAGCAUUUCAUCCCUUGCCUCAUCGACUGGAAGCACAGGACAUUCUAAAACUGAAACUAACUCAAUGUCCGGCAAAGGCACUCUUGCUCCAUCCUGUUCUAUGAACACUGUACGAUCUGUUGACUCAGAAGUAGCCAGAAUACAAGAUCGAUUGGUGUUUUCUUCAAAUGCUGGGAAAUUCCAGCUAUGUACAGAGGACAGACAUUUGAUUUAUGCUGGCGACAUGUUUAGAUGGGAGGGAACCACUUGGAAAAAGCUGUUUGUACUGUUGUUCUCUGACAUCCUGGUCCAGACUGAACAAGACAGAAGUGACCAGCUACAUGUACUGUAUGAACCUGUGUUUCUAAAGCACAUUACACAGGUGGAUGGACAGAGAAAUCACACAACUGAACUUGUUUUACAUUUUGCUUCUGAAACAACCCCUCAAGGAGUUCCAAUCACCCACAAGAUGCUAUUCCGGGCCCCUACUACUGAAUUGAAGUACACCUGGAAGUCUCUUUUGGAGCAGAAAGUCCAUAAUGUAAGGGGAAUUACCACAGACUACUAUAGUCUUAGUGACUGCUCUGCAGGCUCAGCUGUUAUCAUAUGAAAGGAAAGGCGAAAAAGGACAACGGUGACGGAGGACUGCACAGAAUCAGCUGAUGAUAAAGACAGACAAUGACGAUUGUGAGCAUAGACUAUAGUGCUUCAUCAAGAUUAAACAGCAACAGAACAUAGCUGAUUUCAUAUAAAGACAAGGACCAAAAAAAACAACAGCCUCGGGGAGACCACCCAAGAUCAGCUGUUGAUGAAGACGGACUUUGAUGACUGUGAACACAGGUCUUAGUGCUUCAUUAAGAAUGGACUACAGUGUAAUAAAGAGUUUCUAUCAUUAUUUUUUUUUCUUGAUAGAUAUCAACAUUUGUCUCAGAAAAGCAUGUUAAGUAGUUUUUAUGGUAUAUGUAUUCAUUUCUGAGCUAAUGGAAUGUAGACAUAUAUUGACAUAAGAUUUGUGGUCAGUAAAUGUUAUAUAUAUAUGUACAUGUAGAUUGCCACAUGAAACUUUUGUAAUGUUGUUUUUAUUGAACCAGAUUCAGUUUUCAUUGCACAAUUACUAUGUGUGUUAGGAAUUAAGUUGCAAACAUUGCUAGUCAGUAGAUAAAUAUUUGCUGUUUUAUUUACUCAUUCGUGUAAUUCAAGAGAUUUUACAUUACUCCUGUAUGUAUUUAACCUUUGUACUAAGAAUAUUCCAUUUUUAAGCAGCGAUAAAUAAUCCAGUCUACCCAGAUUAUCAAUACUCAGAUUUUUUGUAGCCAUAUUUACUCUAUGAUGCAUUUUAUAGAUUUUGUAUACCUUUGGUAUGAAUUAUAUGUGGAUUUUGUUGGGAGUUCCUUUGUUGGAACUGUGAAGUGUGAUAAAAGACGCUACCUUGAUUGAGUUUACUCAUCAUAUGAACAAAGUAUUGUUUUGAUAGGAUUUGAUAGGCUUUUUAAGGAUGUGUGAUUUGUGGCAAAUUUUGUAUAAAUUUCUUUUUAAAAAUGACAACAAAAAUAGAAAAGUGAAACCUUCUUGUAGUUGGUGUUGUACUUUUUAAUCACUUUUAUGAGAUAUUUUUAAUUAUGUUAUUUGUUUUGUUUUUUCUGCCACGAAAGUGCUAUUGUAUUUUAUGCUUGGAAAUCAUGUUUCGUUAAUCUUUGGAAAUCCUUUAAGAAUUGUAAUUACCUCUGACCACAGUAAUGGUCCCCAAUAUUCCUCCUUUCACUUUCAUCUCAACUUCUUUCACUUUCAUCUGAACUUUGUAGUAUUUAUUUUUAGUUAGACCCAUAGUGUUUAGAAACAGUUUUGUAAGUUUAUAAGAAAAAUAGUAAAUUCAGACAACUAAACAA